GAAUUUGCAAAAGGACUUGCCAGCUAAUUACCCAUUUCAAUCAUUAACUAAUUACUCAUAUAAAGGUGACUGAGUUGUUAGUAUUCUCAUUCAUUUGAGACUUUGCCUAUACUGCUCAGUAGUCAAUUUGCACGACUAUUGCACAAAAGGCACCAUGGCUUCUCUCUUGCAAUUCGUCCAUAUUUUGUCUACAGCUCUUGUCAUCUUCACCUUCUCUGCAGCAUCAAAUCCCAGACCCCAGCCGUACGUGGUCUAUAUGGGGAGUUCUUCAAAUUACAAUAAAUUGGAUUCGGAUGCAGCAAAGUUGUCCCAUUUGCAAUUGUUGUCCUCCAUUAUUCCAAGAGAAGAGAGGGACAGACUUUCUAUACAACACUCAUAUCAACACUCUUUUAGUGGAUUUUCAGCAAUGCUUACCGAGGAUGAAGCUUCUAUAUUGUCGGCUCACUCAAAGGUGGUAAGCGUAUUUCCUGAUCCCGUUCUAAAACUCCAUACGACACGUUCUUGGGAUUUCUUGGAACAACAGUCCAAAAUCAGAUUGAACUAUCAUCUUGAUCAGAUAUCAAGUGAUAUUAUUGUUGGAGUCAUAGACACAGGUAUAUGGCCAGAGUUGCCCAGUUUCAGUGACAGGGGUGUUGGCAAGAUCCCGUCAAGGUGGAAAGGAGAAUGCAUGGAAGGACCUAAUUUUAAGAAGUCCAACUGUAAUAGGAAAAUAAUAGGCGCCAGAUUCUAUGACGAUUUUGAUCUUUCUACCAAACCUCUUGGUAAUAAACCAAAUAAGCGUCAAGGCUCACCAAGAGAUGCAGUAGGCCACGGGACUCACACUGCAUCAAUAGUAGCUGGAGCAGCAGUUGCUAAUGCCAGUUAUUAUGGCCUUGCAAGGGGCAAAGCAAAGGGUGGAGUACCCUCGGCUAGAAUAGCUGCAUACAAGGCCUGCUCAACAGAUGGUUGUAGCGGUUCCACCAUCCUCAAAGCAAUCGAAGAUGCCCUCAGUGAUGGGGUGGACAUCAUAUCAAUUUCGAUCGGUCAGAGUUCAGUUUUUCAGCCUGAUUUUCUGAGUGAUCCAAUAGCCAUUGGAGCUUUCCAUGCUGCAGAGAAAGGAGCAAUGGUCAUAUGCUCAGCUGGAAAUGAAGGGCCUGAACCUUAUACCGUUGUUAAUUCAGCUCCAUGGCUGUUCACUGUGGCAGCAUCUACUGUCGACCGUGAUUUGCAGUCCAUUGUGAUUCUUGGAAACAAAAGAUCCUAUCAGGGGACUGCAAUUAAUUUCUCGCCUCUGAACUCAUCAAAAGCUUAUCCUCUUGCAUUUGGAGAAAAUGUUGCAGCUCGCUUUGUCUCUCCAUCAGAUGCAAGGAAUUGUGCUCCAGGGUCGUUAGAUAGAAUAAAAGUUGCUGGAAAAAUAGUGAUUUGUUUGAAUGAUAACCCAACAAUAUCAAGGAUGAUCAAGAAGCUGGUAGUAGAAGAUGCAAAAGCUAAGGGUUUGAUAUUAAUUGAUGAGGAAAAAAGAAGUUCACUACUUGAUUCCGGCAUAUUUCCAUUUACAGAAGUUGGGAAGCUGUCAGGAUCUCCAAUUCUCAACUAUCUAAAUUCAACCAAGAAUCCAACAGCAACGAUACUUCCAACAUUUGAAGUUCCAAAUUUUAAGCCAGCUCCAAUUAUUGCAGAUUUCUCUUCAAGAGGUCCUGGAUCACUGACAGAAGACAUUCUUAAGCCUGAUAUUGUAGCUCCAGGGGUGGCAAUUUUAGCAGCAAUGAUUCCAAAAAGUAAUAUCGGUGACCUUCUUCCUGGAAUGAAGCCAUCGUCGUUUGGCAUAAGAUCUGGAACAUCAAUGGCUUGUCCACAUGUUACUGGGGCUAUGGCAUUUGUUAAAUCUAUUCACCCAAAUUGGAGCUAUUCAAUGAUCAAAUCUGCUCUGAUGACUACAGCUACUACAUCUAACAACUUGGGAAAACCAAUCACAAAUACUUCAAAUUACAAUGGAAAUCCUCAUGAAAUGGGGGUUGGGGAAAUCAGCCCUCUUGGAGCUCUUCAUCCUGGUUUAGUAUUUGAGACCACUACCAAAGAUUAUUUGCGGUUCCUUUGUUACUAUGGCUAUAAAGAAAAAGCUAUAAGAUCAAUGUCAAAUAGAAAUUUUUGCUGCCCAAGAAACUCUGCCAAAGAACUUAUCUCCAACGUCAAUUAUCCUUCCAUAUCAAUUGGCGAACUUGACAGAUCCCAAGGUGCAAAAAGAGUCAAAAGAAUUGUGACUAAUGUUGGUCCACCAAAUGCUACAUUUUUCUCUUCGUUACGAGCUCCACCUGGUCUGACGGUCAAGGUGAUUCCAAAGAAACUUAGUUUUACAACAAGUGUGAAGAAAUUACUUCUCAAAGUCUCAUUUGACAGCAAAUAUGCCUCAAAGGGUUACAAUUAUGGGGCUAUACUAUUAUUUGAUGGCUCGCAUACAGUUCACAUUACAUUUGUGGUAAAUGUAGUAUAAAGCAACAUGCAAAUUUUGCAUGAUAAUAAUUGAAGAACUUUUUUUCAUCAAGGCUAACUUCUAUAUGUCUUCACCCAA